AUGGAAUUGAGUAAGAAAAGAAGUUUGAGUCCAUCUGGAGAGGUAUUAGAUAGAGCAAAAAGCUUUAGAGAAGAGGAGCCCAACAAGGAUUGGAGCCAAGUAAGGAGUCAGGAGAUAGAAACCAGAGAAGCAGCAAACCAUCAAGAAAGCUGCAAAACUGAACAAAAAGAUCAGAAUGAGAUCAUUAAAAGAAGAAGGAGUGAAGAGAAAGAGUCAGAAAAUGAAAAGAAGCCCAGUGAGAAUGGGAGAAUUAAGAAGAGAAGAAUUGAAGGACAGUUGGAAAAGGAAGAGCAAGCAGAGAAAAAGACCAAUGAAGAUGGAGGGUUUAAAAGGAAAAGAUCUGAAGUAGAACAGAAAGAAAAGGAAAGCCAAGCAGAGGAGAAGCCCAGGGAAGACCCCUUAGAAGGCGGAAGUAGACAGAAGAGAUCCCGUGUGGACACCGGAAGACCUGUUCCCCUGAACAUCGACAACUACAAGUUCCACGCAGAGCUGGGACAAGGGGGCUUUGGCCAGGUGAUGUUGGCUUCUUUUAGACCAAACAAACAACUAGUGGCAAUAAAGGUCUUGAAGAAGCAGUCAGAGAAGAUCAACCCUUAUAACGUCGCUAAAGAGGCCUAUCUAUUGAAGAUCAGCAGAGAAUGUGCAUUUUUAUGCCAUUCUUAUGCAGCUUUUCAAUCAGAGCUGGAAGCCUUCUUCGUCCUGGAGUUUUGCAGUGGAAAAUCUAUAUGGGAAAUGAUUGAACAGAAAGGAAAUCUGCCAGAGUCAAGCAUCAUUGAUCUGAAGCCGGACAAUAUUCUGGUGGAUAAAGAUGGCCAUAUUAAGAUCUGCGACUUUGGCCUUGCUCAAGUGGGCAUCAUUGGGCAGGAGAAGAUCUACGGCAUAGCAGGAACCCCUGGAUACCGGGCACCAGAGCUUCUAUGGACGCUUUAUAAUGCAGGAGCGGAUUGGUGGUCAUUUGGGGCUAUGAUGUAUGAAAUGGCCACAGGUGAAUUGCCUUAUUCAUCAUCAGGCAGCGUUUUAGAUCAAAUUUUGGCGAUUGAGAUGUUCCAACCUACAUACCCACAAUAUCUGAGCGAGGAAAUGCUGGAUCUCCUGCCAAAGCUUUUGAGGUAUGAUGAGACUCAGCGGCUGGGACUGCAUGGGAACAUCAGGGAGCAUGCUUUCUACAGAACAAUCAACUGGGAAGAUCUGGAACAUCGAAGAUUGAAGCCCCCUUUCCAGCCAGGAAUGCCAUCAGCAGACGACUUCGAUGAAUACCAGGUCGCAUUCUCCCCUCAUAGUUCCAACAAGGAAACCAACUGGAAGGAUUUCUCCUAUGUGGAUCCCAGCUGGAAUUGGCAGGAGUAA